AUGGCAAAAACAGUGCUGGUAAUAGGGGCGGGUGUGGCCGGACUGGCUGCGGUCAAACAAUGUCUGGACGAGGGAAUGGAACCAAUAUGCUUUGAGAAGGAUACGGACAUUGGGGGACUCUGGAAUUACCACAACUGGUCUAAAGAUGGCGACCCAAGCCUUUACAACUCAUGUAGUAUUAACACUAGUAAAGAAAUGACCUGUUACAGUGACUUUCCGAUCCCCAAAGAGUUCCCAAACUUCAUGGGACACAAACACUUUAAGAAAUACCUCCAACUCUAUGCAGAAAAUUUUGGCCUGAUGAACUACAUAACUUUCAGCCACAUUGUUGAGGACGUUAAAAAGGCAGACGAUUUCGACGACACCGGAAGUUGGGUGACGUCAGUGAAGAAUUUAAGCACUGGCAAAUCACGGAAUGUGAAGACUGAUUUUGUUAUUGUGUGUAACGGACACCUCAGUAUUCCGAAUGUGCCGACAUUCUCUGGUCUAGAUAAAUUCAAAGGCAAGGUCAUACACACUCACGAUUACAAGGACUUCCAUGGGUUCGAAGGGAAGAGAAUAUUGGUGAUCGGCAUUGGUAAUUCCGGCUCCGAUGUCGCCUGCGAGUUGAGUCGUCAUGCUGAACACGUAUAUGUAGCAAGCCGACGAGGGACAUAUGUAAUCUCGAGAGCUGCAGAGUACGGCGUCCCGUUUGAUCAUCUCGCCAUCAACAGAUUUUCCCAGAGCCUGCCUUGGAGUCUCAUGCGACCCGUUUUCUUCCACCGUAUAAAUCGUCGCUAUAAACAUUCCAACUACGGCCUGUCGCCAAACUACUGCUUUGACGCGGGUGUUGUCACUAUUAGCGACGACCUUCCGAACAGAAUCCUACUAGGCACUAUUAAUGUGAAGUGCAAUGUGAAGGAGUUCACAACAGAUGGCGCUAUAUUCGACGACGGCUCAGUUCUUAAGAACAUCGAUGUUGUCAUCCUUGCUACGGGAUUCAACUUUGAUUUUCCUUUUCUUGAUGAUGGAAUCAUCAAAAUUGAAGGACAUUAUCCUUAUCUGUACGAACUGAUGUUUCCAACUGAUUUGAACCCAUGCACCCUCGGUGUUGUCGGCUUAGUCCAACCGUUUGGCUCGCUUCCGCCAGUUUUAGAAAUGCAAGCAAGAUGUAUCACCAGGGUGUUUGCUGGAAAAUCUAAGUUACCUAGCGCAUCCAAACGUCUUGCCCAUGUAGAAAAACGCAAAGAUUUUAUCAAAGCGAAAUAUGUCGACUCUCCCAGGUAUAGUCUGCAGGUUUACUUCAUUCAGUACCUCGACCGACUUAGUGCAAUGAUCGGAUGUAAACCGGACCUCUGGAAACACUUCUUCUCUGAUCCGAAACUUUGGUAUAAACUGUAUUUUGGGCCAGCUACCCCAGUACAAUGGCGCCUGGACGGUCCCGGCUCUUGGGAAGGUGCCAAGAACGCGAUCGAAAGGGUGGAGGAACAUACAUAUCUGCCUAUGAAAUCGCGACAGUCAGGGGAAGGAGAGAGGGACGGACUUUACGACGGCUGGAUUCUUCUCUUCAAGAAAAUAUGUUUCUUAGUCCUUCUUUUCUACGUCUUCAGAUACGUGAUUGCUAAUGGCUACGUCACUAAUCUUGUAAAAUUCUCGUAG